AUGACCUCUUGUUUUUUUGUGCAGCAGCCCGCUCUAGCUCAGGACGUCUCCGUAUCGCCACCAGCAGCAGCAGUGUUUGAGCGGACAUGUGCUGGCUGUCACGCUGGUGGGGGGAACCUGCUCAAGCCGGGAGCUGGGCUUUCACUUGCCGACCUUCAGAGGAACGGGCUCACCUCAGCAGACGACAUUGCAAGAGUCACUGCGUUCGGCAUUGGUCGCAUGCCUGGCUAUGGGGAGGACUGCAAGCCCCGGGGGCAGUGCACGUUCGGUCCGCGCCUGAGUGCUGACGUCAUCCGCCAGCUGGCAGAGUACACCCUGGCACAGGCAGAGGCGGGGUGGCCACGCUGA